AUGCCCUAUACCCACGUCGGCGCCGUGACAGGCGCUAACAAAGGCAUUGGACUCGCAGUCGUCCGUCAACUCGCGCUUCAAUACCCUAAAAGCGCGCUCCACAAGAGCGACCCUGAGAGUCAGGGCUUGCUCAUCUACCUAACAGCACGGGACAAAAGUCGAGGGGAAGCAGCUGUCAGAUCCCUGUACGAGGAGGAUGCUCAGCUCAAGAAAGCCAAGGCUUUGAAGAAGGAUGGAGGGUGGGCAGAUAUUAAGUUUCACCAGUUGGAUAUCAGGGAUACAAUGAGUAUUAGGGGGCUUGCAGAGUAUUUGAGGGGUGAGCAUGGAGAGGGGGCGGUAGAUUUCGUGGUGAAUAAUGCUGGUAUUGCUAUGGACGGCUUCGACAACAACGUUGUCAAGACUACUCUUGAAUGCAACUAUUACGGCUCUUUGGAAGCGACGCAGGACUUCCUUCCACUACUCAAACCCAACGGCCGCCUCAUCAACGUUUCGUCCAUCGUAGGAAAGCUGAAUAAGUAUUCUGAAUCCAUCCGCUCUAGAUUUCUCAAUGCCAGGUCUGUUGAAGAGGUUACCGCUCUGAUGGAAGAAUUCAAAGCCGCGGUCGAGGCUGGCAAGGAGAAGGAACAGGGAUGGCCAUCUGCUGCUUACGCUGUCAGCAAGGCGGGAAUGACCGCAAUGACAAAGGUAAUCGCCAGGGAGGAGCAAGACCGGGGUGGGAAGAGGCUAAUCAAUGCUUGUUGUCCUGGUUAUGUCAACACGGACAUGUCGAAACACCGUGGGUCGAAAACGCCAGACCAGGGCGCACAGACGCCUGUGAUGUUGGCAAUUGAGGAAAUCGGUGGUGCAUCGGGGGAGUUUUGGCAGAAUGAGAGAGUCAUCGAGUGGUAG